CAACAGCAUCUUAUCAACAUACCAUUGAUAUUUAAAACCGAUGUCCUUAUUGUCGCGUAAACGAAGUUGACCUAUGGCUGACGUCGCAGAAGCUAUUGCGGCAGCCAUAGCUGCUGCCGCGCCGCUAACAAGUCCUGACAUCAAAGCCGAGCCGUCGAACCACGAUGCCAUGAUCCUCGACCCAGCUCCCGAACAGCCACAGUCGCCUGUUAAGAGACCACGAACUCCCGACGAUGGCGGCGAACAAACGCGGGACGAAAAGCGACCAAAGAUAGAAACUAAGGUAGAGAGCGAUGGUGCGAACGAGAUGGAUGAGCUCGCUCUUCUUGUUCAGCAAGCCCAAGCCGAGGCUAUGCAACAAUUUCACCUGGAACCCGACAGAGUUGACGGCUUACCAUCAAACGAGCACGAGCACGAACAAGAACACGUAAACGCUAUAUCGCACGAGAUACCAGACUUAGAACCGACAUUUGAACAACAAGCACCAACUCCCGCCGAAAAUUCCGAGCCGCGCCCUGAAUCUCUAUGGAGCAAUCCAAGAGACUUCACGCGUCGAAAACAUAUUAUACCUGGUCUAGGUAGUCUGGCGAUUGAUAUCAUCACCGCUUGGUCUGAACAAUCUCUAGAAGAUACUGUUGCGACUCUAAGCGGCGACCCUGAAUCGGACAUCGCUAAGGAGUAUGCCGUUCUAAAGACGGCUUUUGACGCGCAGCGCAACCUGCUCUCUGAUACACAUACGCUGCUGUAUCCUGAACAACUCAACGUUGCUAGCCAAGCUCGGGAGGUUAUAAGGGUAAUAAAUCUUGCGACAGCUUGCGCGAGCGUAUUUGGAACCAAUGAGCUUGGGUUGGAGGAGAUCAACGACCAUUUCCUCCGUAUUUUCGUACCCGAGAAUCAAGAAGUGUCACGAGAUGCCGCAGAUUUAUAUCUAGGCUUAAAAACACAGAUUUUCCUCGCUGUAUUAGAGACUGGAGGAAUGGCUAAGGACCAGCUCCUGGAGGAUCUAUUUAUUGCGAGACUCGAAAAUUCUUUACAAGAACAUCAUCCGGAUCUGCCUUUGUCGAUCAUUGAAUAUGAGUUUAUAGCAAAUGCUAAGGCGCGAAAAGCUAUGCUUUUCAACGAAUCCGGCGAUAUCGACAGUAUUCAAGCACUAAGCAAACAAUUUACCUACGAAGCUUUUCUUGACGGUCUCAGCACAUUCCUCAAUGAUCACAUAGAAAGCAUCAGGGUACAAGGUACAGGUAAAGUGGAAACGACAACAGUUAUUGAGGAUAUCACCCAGAAUGAUCAUAUCGAUCACGACCACGGCCUAGAUGAUACAUUUGACCUCAAUGCUAUGAUCGCAGAGGCAUCAAGGGCUGCUCAGAGCGCCCUUGAGCCAGACGGCGAAGUGCCUAAUCUUAACGAAUCUCACGAACUGGAUGAAUUAUCUGCGUUUCUAGCAGAAAAUGUUUCUAAAGCUGUCGAGCAGGCUAAAGGAAGCACCACGGAGUUACCAUCAGCUAUUGCAUCUGCGGCUGAAAGUGCCUCGAGAGCCACUAUGUUAGCUUUGCAAAGCAUCCAACAGAAUCAAUAUCAGCCAACAUCACUUCCCCAAUCCACUACACCAUCUCACUCGACUGCAAGCCAUAACAAUUACCAACAACAUCAACAAAUCCAACAACAGCAAGCACAGCAAUCUCAAUCACAGCAACAGUAUUAUCACUAUCAGCAACAUCCUCAAAAUACUGGGGCAACUACAUACCAAACAACUAACGAUCACCUUCCGCCGAAUCAGACCGACUCAACUCCGGCGCUCUACGAACGCGCCCGGCAGGCUGCGGCAGCACGCUCGUCAACCCAUGCGCGCCGAGAAGGCUCGCAUUCGACCCGUCGACCCUGGAGUCCCGAAGAAGAGAAGGCACUUAUGAUGGGUCUUGACAUGGUCAAGGGCCCUCAUUGGUCACAGAUCUUGUCAUUGUUUGGUCCCAAUGGGUCUAUCAGUAACAUUCUUGCAGACCGAACCCAAGUUCAAUUGAAGGAUAAGGCCAGGAACUUGAAACUAUUCUUCCUUAAGACGAAUUCGGAGAUGCCAUACUACCUCCAGUGUGUUACUGGCGAGUUGAAGACCAGAGCUCCUACUCAAGCUGCUAGGAAAGAGGCCGAGGAGAAAGCGAGAUUAAAUUCAGAAGAACAACAAGCUCACGUAAAUGGAAUAUUAACGUUGGCGGGGGGUUUACAGAACAACUCCGUAUCGAGACAGAGUCCUUCGACCACGGUUCCUAGAAGUGCAACACCUAACCAGCCGUUGUCUCAUCCCAACUCACAACCGGGUACACCAAGUUUUACCCAGCAACACAUCCAGCCAUCUGCGCCGACACCCACUCCUCUAUCGCGUCCAGUUAUCCCUGCACCACAACCGGUCAGCCUCCCCACCUUUACAUCAUCGGCUCACCAACAUACACCGCCGCCUCCUAUUCCCCAGGCUGAGCAGCAGAUACUUCCCGCUACUACAACCGCCAUGCCUUCCGCGACAGGAUUGAUAUCCAAUCCAGUCGCCUCUACAGCACCUAUGUCCGUGACUUACCCGGAAACAGCCCCUGUUGUAGAAAGUAUCGAGCCAGAGAGGAGCGAGAUGAGUAGCGUCGACGCUGCCGUCCUCAACCUAGGGGCUGCAUUAUUAAGGGAGAGGGAAAGGGAAAGGGAAUCAGCAGCCGCCUCUGAUCUAAAUAAUGCCGAGGAAGGAUAUAUACCCUCUAACACCGCCUCGGCUACACCGGCAGCCACGUCGACUCAAUAGUUUUGGGACACGAACCGGUACCGCUGGGUGCGGAAUGACGAGUUUUCAGGAGGUCCACCCUUACAGUAGCAUUGUUGUUAUUUUCCUUUUAAGUCAAACUCACGAGACUCAUGUCAUGCAUGAUUGAUUGAUUGAUUGAUACCCCUGGGUGGUUCUGGCGGUCGCGGUUUAGGAGGCAACAGAACAGUUGCCGUCGUUUAGUUUAGGCAUUUUGCUAGAUAGACAAACAUCAGUCUUGCUGGCACGUUUAUCGAAUGGAACAUGCCAUCGAUUCGGUCAAGAGGAAUCUAUUGGAUUGUGUGAUACACGUUCGCCUACGCCCGCCCUAUUGGAUUGUAAAUGUCCUCCGCCACGGAUGCUUGCGGAU